AUGAUCAAAAGCCUAGACCUGGAGAUAUAUGACUUAGCAUACAUCCAAGAACCAUAUCUCAACCUGGUCAAUCUUGCCAACACGUCCAACCUCAGAUCCUGGUGGGACGUAAUAUAUCUAGCUGAUCAUCACUCAUUCCCACAGUGCUCACAGGUCAUAAUGCUAGUCAACAAACGACUAUUGAAGAACACUUGGCACAUUGUCCUGCUCAAACCCCCCAACACCAUGUCAAUAGAACUUACUGGCCCCUUUGGCAAGGUACACAUAUACAAUAUAUAUAACCCAUGCGACAGUAACCACACUUUGGACUUCUUGGAAUGA